AUCCUUAGCCACCCACCUCCUGCCCUCCCAGCUGAGAUGAAAAGAAAACUGUUUCCUUUUCUGGGCCCAGGGCCACCUCCCACCCGCUCUCUGCUCUCUCGCGCCUGUUAAAGGGCAGAGCCCGCUCCGGGAUCGGUAGCUUCAGCCGGAGAUAAGCGUGUGCAGGCCAGCAGGUGCGCCCGGCCAGCCAGGCUCAGCCACCAGUGUGCGCGGCCUCAUGUCUGCAGAGGGCGCCGUGUCCAUGGGGGACCUGGAAUUCGGCAGCGGCAAGGGGAAGGAGCCGAGCGUGGAAGGCAGGGGGCACGCGUGGUGGCACGAGCGCCUGGUGCGGCCCUGCCUGGUGGAGCUGCUGGGCUCUGCCCUCUUCGUCUUCAUCGGCUGCCUGUCGGUGAUCGGGAACGGGCCGGAAGCCGGGCUGCUGCCGCCGGCGCUGGCCCACGGGCUGGCGCUGGGCCUCCUGGUCGCCACGCUGGGCAACGUCAGCGGUGGACACUUCAAUCCUGCCGUGUCCCUGGCGGCCAUGCUGGUCGGAGGCCUCAACCUGACGAUGCUGCUUCCCUACUGUGUGUCCCAGCUGUGCGGGGGGCUGCUCGGGGCCUCCCUGGCCAAGGCGGUGAGUCCCGGCGACAGGUUCUGGAACGCGUCCGGGGCCGCCUUUGUGACGGUGCAGGAGCCGGGGCAGGUGGCGGGGGCCGUGCUGGCAGAGGUCGUCCUGACCACCCUGCUGGUCCUGGCGGUCUGCAUGGGCGCCAUCAACGAGAAGACGCGGGGCCCGCUGGCCCCGUUCUCCAUCGGGUUCUCCGUCACCGUGGACAUCCUGGCAGGGGGCGCCGUGUCGGGAGCCUGCAUGAACCCUGCCCGGGCCUUUGGGCCGGCGGUGCUGGCCAACCACUGGGCCUUCCACUGGAUCUACUGGCUGGGCCCGCUGCUGGGCAGCCUGCUGGCUGGAGCGCUUGUCAGGUUCUUCAUUGGAGACGGGAAAACUCGGCUCAUCCUAAAGGAACGCUGAGGCCGGUGCUGGGCUUCCUGUGGCCCUGCUGUCCUUGGUCCUCGCCAGUUUCUGCAUUGCCCACCACUGCACAGUCCCAGGGGGCGCGGCUCCUUCCCGGGCAGGGCCUGGCUCCCCGCUGGAUGGCCUGCUGCUAGACCGCGGUGCUCUGGCUCAGAGGGGUGCCUCGUGCCCAG